CAUGCGUUGAGGUCGGAAAUGCUAUCUGAGCGCAUAUCGAACUGGAAUAUUGUGCUCAUGUAUAAUAAAGUAAAGUGAAGUUUUAAUUACGGAUUCGCAGUUAAUCGGCGGUUUCUUAAGGUUUUUUUCAAAAUGAGUUGAAAAAUCUGUCCAGGAUGUUCUUUACAAUAUUGUAAUAUGUCCAAUGAUUUUCCAGAGGAUGAUAUUACCCAUUUUGAAUUUAAACUGAUACGAGUGAUGAAAUUUCGCUUUUUAGCGUAUCUGUACAUUAGUUAACAUGUUUAACCGGUGGAUUACACGCAGCUGGGAUGCGUUUUUCUGUACUUUAGUACUGUUAUUUUUAUUAUGUGGAAUUGCUGUGUAUGUUGAAUCUGCCGGUUUUGACCCGUCCGAUCGGACAUUCUAUCAGCCGAAAGCCCAGCCGACGACAACAAAAGCACCGGCGCCGAAAGAGAAAUGGUCCAAAGAUGACUUUGGUGAUCUCACGUUUUAUCGACGAAAUACCAAACGACCAACAGUGGACACAACGACGAUUACCACAGUCGCUCCCACAACAAAAAGGACACCAAAACCAAAGAUAUCUUGCGAUAAGAAGCCAAAACCGCCAUCACCAGAAGAUAUCCAAGAGUUUUUGAAGCUUAACCCUCCUGCUGCCAAAGACGUGUAUGAAUCCAAUGGAAUUUUUGAAGGCGAUAUGACUGGGAUGAAAGUAAACGUGGAUGUGGGCGCACAAAAAAUUUUGACGCCUAAAGAAAUCGAUCAGGAGACGCUACGUUGGCCUAACAAGGUUAUUCCGUAUGCGUUUUACGAAAAGAUUCCACGAAAAGUUAUGAUGACGGUUAUGGACGCCAUGGCUGACAUGGAAAUGAAGACCUGUAUCCGUUUUACACCGUGGACAUUUGAGGACAGUUAUCUGAAAAUAUCACCUGGAAGAGCAUGCGCUUCCGAUGUCGGUUACUCCAAAGGCGAGCACAUCUUGUCCGUUAAUCCUGGCUGCUUGGAUGACCUCGGCGCCAUCCAGCAUGAAAUCAUGCACGCACUGGGCAUUAUCCAUGAACAAUCCCGUCCUGAUCGAGACCAGUAUGUUUUUGUCAACUUCGCCAAUAUUCAGCCAGACAGAGCAAGUCAAGCACAGUUUUACACCUUUUCCAACCCAAUGGUCAUCGACCUGGGCGUACCCUACGACUAUUUAUCUGUGAUGCAUUAUCCAAUGAACGCUUUUGCCGUUGACAAGAAUACGCCCUCCAUUAUGCCAAUCAAGAAAGACGUCAUCAUCGGCAACCGCGUGGAAAUGAGUUCGCUGGACAUUAAGCGCAUCAACCGUUUAUACCGCUGUAGUGACAAUCCGCUAGAUGACCAGCGGGAUCCCAUUCCCAAAAAUAUUGCUCAGGGAUACGUCAAGAAUUUCAAAGACUGGAAGAAACUGUGUGACGGUAACCGCGACACACCGGAAGGGUGGGACGAGGAUCCCGAUGUGUGCCUGCGCAUGUGUCGCCGCCUGGAUAGUCCUGAGCUGGGACCGGAUGGGAAUAAUCUGUUUAAUAAAGGGUUUAGUAAACAGUGUCUGCAUAAGAAUCAGCUGUGCGAUGGACAGAGUGCGCUGAGUGCGGAUGUCCUACAGCAGCCAGACACGUGCCGCCGAUACUGCCGUUUGGGUGGGUAUGUGGCGAUGCCGGCCUCAGCACAGUGUAUUCACUAUUCGUUGUUGUGCGACGGGCAAGUGGAUACCGUUUCUGGGGAAGAUGAAGAUCCGGGGGUCUGUCAGAAACUCUGCCAAUCGAAUUCGACCGGCUUCCAGGGGCAACUUUUUAAUUCCGAAGAAGCCGGGAUGAUGUGCUUACGAAAAGACUGGUUGUGCGAUGGUAAGCACAAAGGUCCGCUCGGCGAACCGGCUUAUUGUGCUAAAUACUGUAAGGAUGGCGGUUAUAUCCCCGUCGGUGAUGAAUACCAGUGCAUUCAUUGGCGGAAGCUAUGCGAUGGACGUGUUGACACGGUCACCAAGCUGGACGAGGACACAACGACGUGCCAGCUGCUAUGCGAAAAGGCCAAUGAUGACACAGGUGGCGAACUAUUCAACCUGCCGGGCAAUAUGCAGUGCGUCAGUAAACGCUGGUUAUGCGACGGUACACAGCAUGAUCCCGAUGGGGUCAUGGAACAGGAGGAUUUCUGCCGUGGACACUGUACGGGCGGUGGAUUUAUUCCGACCGAAAACAACGGACAGUGUCUGCAAAUGACAAAUCUGUGCAAUGGGAAGUUCGAUGUACGCAACGGAUGGGAUGAGAAUCAAGCUAACUGUGUGCGCUUUUGUAAGCCGACUGCGGAUUAUCCGCCCAGAGGGUUUAGACUGCAGAUUAAUAAUGUCACGAAGCAGUGCACGGUUGUGGAAGCUGAAACGGACACCGCCCAAAGUGUCACCAGUGAAAGGUCAGAUGUGGACUGGAAUGACCUUUCAGUUUCACCUAACAGCCUUAAAGCUGCUGUUGCACGAGCAUCGCGCGAUCCCGUUUGCUCUCCCGAUCACAAGGGAACAAAUGGGUGCAGCUGUCCUGCUGGAUGGCAGAAAGCCGGCAUGCCAGCACGUUGUGUAGACAUUGAUGAAUGCAGCAUGAGCAAUCCUUGUAAAACUGGGCAGUGCGUCAACACAAAGGGGAGUUACACGUGCAAGUGCCCCCAAGGGUAUUUGCUUGCUAAUGGCCGUUGCAUUGGUUCAGGGAAAACCGUUUCACAAAGCGCAUGCGUCGGGCCCAAACAGCCGUGCGCACCGGGCAUGUGUUUGAGUCGCGACACCGGAUACGAAUGUUUCUGCCCAUCUGGAUAUCAGUCCAAAUCCGGAGGAUGCGUUAGCGUUGGGUCACCUUCGUCUAACGGCAAACCACAGCCUCUUCAAAUAUCCAAACAGUUUUCCGAUACAUUGUCGAAAAUCGGCAUUUCAGUCGGCAAUCAGCCAGCGCAGUCCCAGUCAUCCGUUUCGCGAUCUGGCAAAGCCGUUGAUGUCGCUGGAUCGGCAUCCAGUUCGUCCUCGAACACUUCUUCCAGUUCAUCGCCAAAAUCCGGCAUGAAUGAGAACAUACGUACGGAAUUCGGUUACGUCUUGGGUACGGCGGAGCCGCGUUCCACCGGCAACCGCAACACCUUCGAACUGCACAUACCCGAUCGCACCCACUUGCUCUUAUACUGCAAGGACAACCAGGUCAUCACCACUCUGUCGGCGGAAUAUGCGGGCAAGGGUGCGGGAUGUUCCGCCCUUUCGCAGUCCAGCGUUGUCGCGCGCAAAUGCGACGACCUACCGGUAUGUGGUUUCAUUGCCCGGGAUCCGUCGCAUAUGCCGGGAUGUGGAGAACGAGAACUGGUUAUUCGGUAUUCCUGUGCCGCGCCCGCUAAUUCCUUCAAUAUUGACCUGAAGACCGAAAACAUGUGCAAUCCCAAUUCGACAUCGGACGAUGUGAAAGAGACAGUGCAGUGCAAUAUGUCGGCUAUAUCGUUGAUUCCGUAGUCGUUUUUUAAUUUGGUGAGCAUUACCUGAAUGGACAAUUUUCAUAUUAUUUUGACUUGAAACUUUAAUAAAAUCACCCGGGAACUGGUGGAGAGCACGAAAAACGCCUGAAUAAUAACUUAGGUUAGAAAACAAUUAUAGUUAUGCAUUGUUAGUGAUAUCUGCGCAGGCGUAAUAAUGUGUGUACAGAUUACCUCUAU